AUGGCACCUCCGCUUCCCCCUCACUCCGAGUCCCCCGCACGCGGGCGACUCGAUGAAGACGACGAAGAAGAGGACUACAUGUCCAUGAUCAUCGAAGAGCCCCAGCAGAAGGAAACCUUCGCGCAAAAGAAGAAGCGUCAGCAACGGGAGGCCGAAGCGCGAGCCAAAGUCCCAUCCAAAGCCGAACGCGCCGCUCAAGAAGCUGCCCGCCGCGAUGCCGCCUUAUCAACCAGCACGCUUGACCCUUCCAACAAAGGGUUUCAGAUGAUGGCCAAGCUGGGAUUCAAGCCGGGCCAAGUACUCGGAAAACCUGCCGCGUCGCCGCAAGAUACCGAGAAGGACACCAAGGAUCCCGAGCAUCGAAUCCGGUCCGAACCCCUCAAUCUCAUCUUCAAGGAGGACCGAGGGGGGAUCGGUCUCGACUCGGAGCGAAAGCGGAAGUUCCUCGAAGAAGCCGCCGAAGUAACCAAGAAGGUCAAGCAAGAAGAGGGCGAUUACCGCGACCGCGUCCGGUUGGAGCGCGAGACACGACGGCUUGAAGCUCAGUUCCAUGCGGCGCAGAAGGUGGCUGAACGCUUAGAUGCGGAGGCCGAGGGCGAAGUGGGAAUAGGACCAUCAUCAACCGAGACCAACGGAGAAGAGAAAGAGGAGCAAGAAUCGCAUGCGACACCGGAUGUGGACGGCGAAGAAUCGCAGACAGAUACCCCCGCCUCCACUACAAAGAAAGCCAAGAGGCCCGUCAAACCAACACUUCAGAUCAACAUACUCUACCGGGGGUUGGUGCGCGAGCGGCAAGAAAAGGAGCGCGCCGUACAGACCCGCCACAUGUUGCAGACAUCGCUGCCGUCAUCCUUUUUCCCGAACCCACGAUUGCCCGGGUAUGAAGACUCAACGCUCGAUCCCGAGGACCAUGAGGCCCUCGGAGGCCGUCGAGAGAUGUCCUCCAUUCUCGAACAAGAGCUAGAAGAAGAAGAUCCGGAACUAGAGGAAUUCAAUGCGCUGGAGCCAGGCGAGCGACUAAGCCGGCUGGUUCAAUAUCUCCGCGAAAAACACCACUACUGCUUCUGGUGCAAAUACCGCUACGAGACCGCUGAGAUGGAAGGAUGUCCCGGCGUGACGGAGGAGGAUCAUGACUAA